UUGGCAGCACCGCAGCGAUGAUGGUGGCUACGGCUGCUGAGCGAAAUAAGGAGCCCAUCCUGUGCGUGCUCCGCCAGUAUGUGGAUCCUGCCCAGCGCGGCGUUCGCGUGCUCGAGGUGGCCUCGGGCUCCGGCCAGCACGCCGCGCACUUUGCACAGGCUUUCCCGCACGCCGAGUGGCAGCCGUCAGACGUGGACCAGCGCUGCCUGGACAGCAUUGCCGCCACCACCCAAGCCCAAGGGUUGUCCAAUGUGAAGGCCCCGCUGUACCUGGACGUGACCUGGGAGUGGGAGCAAUGGGGCGGAAUCCAGCCGCGGUCGCUGGACCUGUUGCUCUGCAUCAAUAUGAUCCACAUCAGCCCCCUGAACUGCACUGAGGGACUCUUCAAAGCAGCAGGACAACUGCUUAAAACCAAGGCCUUGCUGAUCACCUAUGGGCCCUUUGCAGUCAAUGGAAAGAUCUCUCCCCAGAGCAACGUGGACUUUGACCUGAGCCUCAGAUGCAGGAACCCAGAGUGGGGGCUUCGUGACACAGCCCUCCUGGAGGAACUAGGCCAGGCCAGCGGCUUGGUCCUGGAGAGGAUGGUGGACAUGCCAGCCAACAACAAGUGCCUGAUUUUCCGGAAAGAAUAGCCUAUUUCCUACCUCCCAUGUGCCUGCAUCUCUGUCAAAGGUUCUGCCAUGGUACAAGCUAGACCUCAGCCCCUCCCUGAGUCACUCCUUGGGAUAAAUUAGUCCCUCCUAAUCUGGUGGCCACAGUGCUACAGAGAAUCUGGGCCCAAUGGGCCAUGAAAUAAAGCCAUUCCAUUUCACUGGGGGCAUCCCUACCACACUGUUUGCUGGGAAUAGUUGUGGGAAGGCAAAGGGGGUUUGGUCUG